UCUAGUGUUGGUUGCCAUUCCAAUUGUGAUAUCAGUUUGGCACACACACACACACCACACAAAUCCACAUCACACACCAGUUUGAAUUUGAAUGGAAUUUGAAUUCUCAUACUUUUCACAAAGGUGUAUCAUUUGAAUCUCGACCAACAAUCAACUUUUGUCCCAUCGUUGGUUAAUCAUCAACAAUCAGCAGCCUAUCCAAGACAAUCAUUCGAUCCAAGAUCAAUCAGUUCCAUUAUAAAGAUGAAUUGUGUACUGUUACGAGCGUCACAUAUUCCCAUUCUGGUGUUUGUGUUCUUUGGUCUGGCUCGCGGGGCCUACCUGGUCGAUUUUUCAAACAUGAUGCAACACCGUAACAACCUAGCUAAUGUCAAACGUGAUGAUCCCGAACGCUGCCAUCCAACGCAGCCAUUUCGAUGUCCCGGAAAUUCAUUGAUAUGCAUAUCGAUACAAUAUUUAUGCGAUGGUGCGCCCGAUUGUCCCGAUGGUUAUGAUGAAGACACAUCGCUAUGUACGGCAGCCAAAAGGCCACCUGUUGAAGAAACGGCCAACUUCCUGCAGUCAUUGCUGACCAACCAUGGGCCAAAUUACCUGGAAAAGUUAUUCGGCAAAAAAGCCCGCGAUGCUUUGGCGCCAUUGGGAGGCUCACACCAAGUGGCUGUUGCAUUGUCCGAAAGCGAAACUCUGGAUGAUUUUGCCGAGGCUUUACAUCUGAUGAAAAGCGAUAAAGAACAUCUUCGCAACAUUCUGAUUGCUGUCGAAUCGGGUGACUUGGGUCUACUCAAAUCGAUGGGCAUUCGUGACAGCGAACUUACCGAUCUGAAACUCUUUCUCGACAAACUAGUCCAAACCGGAUUCAUGGACUGAGAGCUCCAAAUGUUUGCUAUGAAACGUCUACCAAUCACCAAUAAUCAUCUUUGCAAUAUCUAUUUUUAUCGUUUGUUACACACACACACACAUCGACACAUACACACACACACACACACAGACAAACAAACAGACAGACAGAAAUGAGUGAUGUUUUCACCAUACCAGAAUCCAGAAUUGAUCAAUCUUGAUUAUCCAUUGUGUUUUUUUUUCAUCAUUUUGCUUCGUGGACAAUAGCCCCCAAUCGAUUGUUGUUUAUCGGACAAAACCCAACUAAUUAUAGCCGAAACCUAGCAACCCGAAUUCAAUAGCCAUGUGUGCUGUAAGUGUGCGUGUGAAUAUCGAUCUGAAUAUAACCGAGGAGAGGGCGAAAUUUGGUGAAUUGUGAUCAACCAAUCAAUCAUCAUCAUUCGCAUUCAUUCUCCAUCUCGCUCUUCAUCUCCAUUCAUCAUUGACUCAUUUAUCCAUCGGUCGUCGUCAUCCAAAUUCAAAUUGGCAAUCAAAUUCAACCUGGUUAUUAUUAAUAUAACGUUGAUAACACUGACAACAUUGUCA